UAAAUGGCGGAGCUACAACACUUUCUCUUUUGUGUUUCACAUCGUGUUUAUAAUUAGUCGUCAUGAUUUCUAGAUUACGGUUAAAUAAACGGAGAGUUGGAUAACACCUGGCUAUUUAUGGCUAUGGAUGAUCCAGAAGUAACAUUACAAGAGCAAAUGUUUCAUAAUGCAGUUAGAGAGCUUAUCAUUUCUUUGCUCCUUUUCAUAUCAUUGUAUGUUGUUUCUUACGUGACAUUGUGUCAGUUCAGACGCAGAGCUGAUAAUGAGGAUAUGUAUGCAGGUGAAGAGGAUGCAGCUGUGUAUAGAAUAUCACUUUGGCUUUGCACAGCUACGCUGUCAGUGUCUGUUGGUGCCGUCUUAUUGUUACCGAUUUCCAUCAUCAGCAACGAAGUCCUUCUUCUCUACCCAGACAGCUACUACAUCAAAUGGCUCAAUUCCUCACUCAUACAAGGCUUAUGGAAUCAUGUGUUUUUCUUCUCCAAUCUGGCCCUGUUUAUUUUGAUGCCAUUCGCAUACUUCUUUACAGAAGCAGAAGGGUUUUCUGGUUCUAGAAAGGGUCUAAUGUCCAGAGUAAAAGAAGCCAGCUUAGUUCUCUUUCUUCUAGGUAUUCUGGUUAUGGGUCUUGCCUAUGUUGCGUCUGCUAUUAUCAGCGGAGACGAGUCCACUAAGCAAACUCUCUCAGAUUGCAUCUUUACGUUGAGCAGUAGUAAAUGUGUGGAUGUCUGGCAUGAACAUCUUCCCUACUUAUAUUCCUGUAUCUCAUUUAUCGGUGUCCUUGUCUUGUUGAUGUGUACGCCAGUGGGUGUGGCACGUAUGUUUACUGUCAUGGGUCAGCUCAUUGUUAAACCUCAGUUUCUUAGAGGGAUUGAAGAUGAGCUGAGCAGGCUGCGGUUGCAAGAAGAACAUUUGCUCAGAAAAAUCACAUAUCGAAAUGGUCCCUGUCAGAUUUCCAAUGGACAUGGUCACAGUAGUAUAGAGUCUCUCAUGGAAACAUUGGAAGAUACAAGGAAGGCUAUCUCAAAACUGGUGAGCCGCCAGCAUAUCUCAUUCUGGAGGAGAAAUCUGUGUUACCCACUUGUCAUGUUGUUAUUACUUGCCAUUACAGUAUUUAGCAUACUCAUUGUCUUACAGAAUACAUUUUUACUAUUGGUUGGCACCAAGGCACUUCCACGAGGAGCCUCGGAUACAGUCCUUGGUAUAUCAUCAUUAUCAUCCUUGGGCCCUUUUGGAGCUGCAUUACAGAUUGUCGUUAUAUUAUACCUGAUGGUGGCCUCUGUUGUUGGGUUCUACAGCCUGCCAUAUCUUUGUAACCUCCAGCCCAAGAGAGCAGACACAUCCAUGGUGAAGAUAAUCCUCAACUGCGUCGUCAUACUACUUCUCAGCUCUGCGCUGCCCAUUCUUUCCAAAACAUUAGGUAUUACAAACUUUGAUCUUGUGGGAAACUUUGGCAGCAUGGACUGGCUGGGCAAUUUCUACAUCAUCUUACUGUACAACAUCCUCUUUGCCGUCUCCACUGCACUGUGUCUCUUCACCAAAUUCACCAGUGCUGUUAGGAGGGAGAUCUACGACCGGCUGAAUGCCGCCUUUCAGAGGGGAAAGAAAACCUCCACCCAGCCGUCCCACGCCCCCAGCGCCAACACCCUGCAAGUGACCAACAGUAAAUCGGAGACCCUCAAAGAAGAGUGAUUCGAAACGAUGUCUUUCAUUCAUGCUUGACUGGCUUUCAUGGCUUAAAUGUGUUCUAUUGAACAUUACAUUUACUUGUGGUGAAGAUUUUUAUGUUUUAGUUGGAUAGACAUUAAAGGGUUAAUUUUUUUAUUUUAUAGCAAAAUAGAAUUUUUAUUUGUUCAUCAAGUAUUGCUUCAAACAUUAAUGUCAUUCUUUAUGAAGAUUUUUUUGUUUCUAAUGGUUUGUGAAAUUUUAGAAUGAAGUACUUUUUUUUUGGUUGUCUAAAGUCACAUUUGUAGCUAUUUGUGUUAAAUGUUACCUUCAAAUAUAAAUAAUAGUCCAUAGUUUUGUAAGAUAUUGACAAAUAUAUUUUUUAGCACACUUUGAAAGAUGGGAGGGGAGAAUGGGGGGUACUCAGGUCUCCAUCAGGUACAUCCUUCUUUUCUUUUGUUUGGCCGCUAAUCUGUGACUGAUAAAGCUGAACAAAGUAACAUUUUAAAAAAUCAAUGCAAGUUUGAUUAAACAGUAUCUGUUAUGUAAAUACACUGACCAGUCCCACCUUGUGUAGACAUUUAUGUACUAUUGUAUGACAGCAUGCAGACUAUGGGAGUCAGGUCAAAUAACAUGACAUGAGAUGAUAAUGACAUGAUGAGAUGAUGAUGAUUCAGGAGACUUUGGUUCUAUCUCAAAGUUGAAUGGUAUAUUAUUUUUGUUAAUUAAUAAUAUAUAGUAAUGUCUGGAAAAUUAUCUUAAUCACAUUGUUUUGUAGGAAAUUAGCUGAUAACAUACAUUUUGCUUUGUGGCUAGGUACCAUCUGCAU